CCGGCCUAUAUAAAACGCCAACCCCUCCUCGCCUCCUUUCACCAGUCGCUCUCGCCCUGCAAUUCCACUCUCGCGCACAUCUCGCCGUUGAGCUCGGCACGAAGAAGGCAGCGCGCAGCCGGCCGGCAAUGACGAUGAUGGGGCAGCAGCCGCAGCCAGUGGCGGCAGCGUUCGGGGACACGACGCUGACGAAGGUGUUCGUGGGCGGGCUGGCGUGGGAGACGCACAAGGACACCCUCCGCGAGCACUUCGAGCGCUACGGCGACAUCCUCGAGGCUGUCAUCAUCUCCGACAAGCUCACCGGCCGCUCCAAGGGCUACGGCUUCGUGACGUUCACGGAGGCGGACGCAGCCAAGAAGGCGUGCGAGGACGCCACCCCCGUCAUCAACGGCCGCCGCGCCAACUGCAACCUCGCCUCCCUCGGGGCCAAGCCGCGGCCCCAGCCGCCGCACCUCCUCCGCCCCUCGCCUCCGGCCACCCCGGCGCCGCACGCGCCCGCUCUCCCCUCCCCUCACCAGCCCGCGCCAGCCAUCGCGAUGGGGUCCAGAGGCGUGUCGCCGGUGCCAUGGUAUUACCACCCCUCGACGACGACGACGCCGCCCGCCGCGCACUACGCCCACGGCGCGCAACAGCAUUACCACGGCGUGCUCCCCUUCUACCCCGCGGCCACCACCUACGGGUACUCUCCAAACUACGUCGCUGACCUGAGCUACAACGCGAAGCUAGGCCAAGCCGCGGCCGCAGGCACGGCCGGGUCCUACCUGCAGGGACACUUCACGUACCCGGCGGCGGCACAGGGCGGCAUGGUGGCGCCCAACGGCAUGAUGCCGGUGUACCCGUUCUACCAAUACCAGUACCACAGCUCGCAGGGGCUGGGCGUCCCCGCCGCCCACUUCUUCCCGCCGAUCUCCACCGCCGCCGUCCCUGCCAUCAUCUCCAAGCCCACUGUCGUGGCCCCUCCUCCCAAAGUGGAGCAGGUGACGGGUUGCAGCUGAAGGCAUGACUACGACCACGACGGCGGCGCAAUGAAAGGGGAAAGGAAGGAGGCCAAAGGUGCUCUGAUUAAGGGUGUCGUCCGUCUGUCGAGCCAGGCUGCCUGCGCGCGUAUUACAUUCGUUCGUUCAAUUCCCUCUAACUCGUGCGUGCGCCCGUGGGGGAGCACACACACGCCCACCAGAAAAAAAAAACCUGUAACAAAUGAUUCGAUUCGUCACUCGUUUACCACCGUAUUUUUCAAUGGUAAACUCGUUAAUUUCCAGUGUAUGUAGUCCGAUCGCUGCAGGGGGCAGUGCACCUGAAUAAAUUGUCAUAAUCUUUUGUCAUUCUCUCUUGACUCUUG